UCGUUGGUUGGCCUCGCCGCUCGGUUCACGGCGCGGGCUAUUCCGUGGCCGCCAUGGCGUCGGAGCGGCCGCGGGAGCCCGAAGGCGAGGAUAGCAUCAAGUUGUCAGCUGAUGUCAAACCAUUUGUCCCUAAGUUUGCUGGGCUCAAUGUGGCGUGGUCAGAGUCCUCAGAAGCGUGUGUCUUCCCUGGCUGCGCAGCCACUUACUACCCAUUUGUGCAGGAAUCACCGGCGACUGAACAAAAAGUUUAUCCUGAAGACAUGGCCUUUAGAGCCCCUGCAUUUCCAGCGCAGUACGUAUCUUCUGAGCUCUCCCUGCAUCCGUUUGCCCGUUCCACUUAUGCCCUUGAGUCUGCGCAGAGUGCUUGCUCAGUGCCAGCCCUGCAGUGUGAUUACAGCCAAGCACAGUGUCACCCGGGCUUUCGGACAGCAAAGCCCCGAAAUGAGCACAUGUGCCCUCCUCAGGACGCAAAAGGUGUAUUGAAGAAAAAAUACUCUGAUGAGAGAAGAACAUGUGACGCGCAAAAGUCAAACAGCAGAAGGGCUGACGGCACAGUGCCAUCCGAGAUGAGACCAGCUAGAGGUUCCUGUCACCUGUCCGCUCGCGCCGAGGGUAGUUUGAAAUCAGACGGUUGUCACAAACGAACAGACCGGAAGUCCAGAGUCCUUGAAAAAACUACAUCUACCUCCAAACCUGAAUUUGAAUUUAGCAGGUUGGACUUUCCUGAACUGCAGAGUCCAAAGAACAGUAACAUGCCAGAGACACAGAAGCAGCCCAGGUGGGGGCCUCUUGGCUCAGCUGCCAGUAACACGCCUCUCCUGGGAAAAGUAGGCAAGCCAGCCGCAGCGAAGGUAGAGGGUGAGAUGGUGAAGACCAAUCCCACAGAUGGAGCUGUAGCUGACAAUGCUGCCUCCAGUUCCCCAUGUACACGAGCAGAGUUAUCUUGGACACCAAUGGGUUAUAUUGUUCGGCAGACAGUGUCUUCAGGAUCAGCAGCAGCAACUGGAAACAUUGCUUCCUUAAUAAGCCUGAAGAAGACUGCUUCAUCAGCGGAUGCUAAGCAUGUCAGUGUGACAUCUGAGGCUUUAUCAGAUCCUUCCUACAGCAGGGAGAAGUGUGUUCAUCCUACCGCAGAGGCCAAAGCAUCACAAGGAGGGGAACUCGAACAAAAUGAAACCUCAAGAAAGAAUAAGAAAAAGAAAGACAAGUCUAAAUCAAACUAUGAAGUCCUGGCAGUUCAGGAGCCCCCACGGAUUGAAGAUGCCGAGGAAUUCCCCAACCUGUCAGCUGCGUCUGAGAGAAGACACAGAGUAGAGUCUCCGAAACUUCAGAGCAAACAGCAGGCGCAGAAUGAUUUCAAAACUGGUGGAAAGAAGAGCCAGAUUCCAGUGCAGCUGGACCUGGGGGGCAUGCUGGCAGCGCUGGAGAAGCAGCAGCAUGCCCCGCAUGCCAAGCCAUCCUCCAGACCCGUGGUGUUCUCAGUUGGAGCAGUGCCGGUCCUUUCCAAGGACGCCUCCUCGGGUGAGAGGGGCCGCCGCUCCAGUCAGGUGAAGACCCCACACAACCCCUUGGAUUCCAGUGCCCCCCUGAUGAAGAAGGGGAAGCAGAGGGAAAUCCCUAAGGCCAAGAAGCCCACCUCGCUGAAGAAGAUAAUUCUAAAAGAACGGCAAGAGAGACUGCAGCAGAGACUCCAGGAAAGUGCGGUGAGCCUGGCUGUGGCCAGUGAUGAUGCACAGAAGGUAGAGAAUGGCGCCAGUGACCAAGCUGCCAAGCAGCUUCACCCAGCAGGUUCAGAGAAAACAGAAGAAUCAGUAUCUUCUACACCUGUGAUUGAGGGUGAGUCAGAAGAGCCAACUGCCACGGAGAUCCAGAGGGACCCAGAGGUCUGCCAGCCCGCCCCUGGCAGUGCCACCUUCCCCAAGAUCCACAGCCGGAGGUUCCGGGACUACUGCAGCCAGAUGCUUAGUAAAGAAGUAGAUGCUUGUGUCACGGGGCUGCUCAAGGAACUGGUGCGCUUCCAAGACCGGAUGUACCAGAAGGAUCCUGUCAAGGCCAAGACCAAACGCCGGCUCGUGUUGGGGCUGAGGGAAGUCCUGAAGCACCUGAAGCUCAGGAAGCUGAAGUGCAUCAUCAUCUCUCCCAACUGUGAGAAGACACAGUCCAAAGGUGGCCUGGACGACACGCUGCACACUAUCAUCGAUUGCGCCUGUGAGCAAAACAUCCCCUUCGUGUUUGCACUUAACCGCAAGGCUCUAGGACGUAGUCUGAACAAAGCAGUUCCUGUCAGCAUCGUGGGGAUCUUCAGCUACGAUGGGGCCCAAGACCAGUUCCACAAGAUGGUUGAGCUGACCAUGGCUGCCCGGCAAGCAUACAAGACCAUGUUGGAGACGGUGCGGCAGGAACUGGCAGGACAGCCUGGGCCUCAGACUCCUCCUAACCCACCCAUACAGGACCCCAUCCAGUCCACUGAUGAAGGCGCCCUCGCCUCCACUGGAAAAGAACCAUACUAUAUUGAGAUUUGGAGAAAGCAUCUGGAAGCGUACAGUCAGCGUGCCCUGGAGCUGGAAGACUCCCUGGAGGCCUCAACCUCUCAGAUGAUGAACUUGAAUUUAUAAGAAGAGUUCUUGCCUGUGUGUCUGUAUUGGGUAAGGAUGGGGGAGGCAGGAGAAAGACUUCCUUCUCGAUUCUUUACUGACCCGAUGUAGUUUAUGUGACUGGAGAGUUGGAAAUUCACUGGCCUAAGGGCAAAGGAAGCAGCUGGUGUAGCUCUUAGAGUCCAGCAGGUGGACACAGAUACACUCGUGAGAGCCUUGCCUAAGAGCCAGUGAUUCAGCUUUGGUUCCCUCUGCACACUGGACCUGGAAAAUGCUGGAGACCGUGGUCCUGGGUACUGUGGCUGCCUAGGAAACACUCCAUUACAGAGCCACUGAACCAGUGAUGGGGAGGCGGAACAGGGGCUGUGCUCCUGUGGGGACUAUGGAGGGCCCCUUCUCAGGGGUUGGAGCCCUGCCACUUUGUGCUGCCAAGGAUUUGCUAAAAUGAGCCUCAGAAGAAAAUUAGUUUCUAACAUGACUUUUUGACAUAAAUUAAUCCUCUUAGUUUUUAUUUUCCAAAGAAGCAGUAUAUAUCAAAUUUGUAGAUUUUGGUGUGGAUUCUACAGAUCUUUUUAAUGACCGUACGAUGAAUGUGGUUUCUGUCUUAAAGGACAGAGCUUGCUUGCAUAUUUUCUCUGCAAGUGAGAGGGCUAUUUAUUUUGAAUAAAGAGUGAUUAUUUAAUUUCAUCUCAGACUCUGGUGGUGUCAGCCUUACUGGUUAUUCCCACUGGGAUUCCUUACUGACUUGUUCCUCUUUCACACUGCUAAUACAGCCACCAUGCGCAGCCACAGAACCAGGGACCUCUGAAUCCUCGACCUGCGCUUGCAUCUCUUUUGCCAAGUCUGCCCUGUGUCAGGAAAGAGUUUUACUCUCUGCCUGCCAAGUAAACAUGGCCUGGCUUUGGGAAUUCUGUUAGCUGAAUUCGGUUGUGCUCAGCAUUGUCUCUGAGAAGUGAAAGUAGACUGAGUGAGAAACGGCACGCUUAAUGCAGGGCUGGCCGUGUGGCCUGAGCUUGCUGCGGCAAGCACCGCCUGCUGUCAGGAGUUUGUGGUCGGUUUGGUCCCGUAUUGUCACUGUAAUGAGUUUGGUGUCCAUGUCAGCAGGACAGGGUACUCUGUCUUCUCCCAUCCCUGUCAGAGGGUAGCGAGUGGAUUGGAGGAAGUCUGGAAAUAGAUUAUUUGAGGGGGAAAGCUAUGAAAUUAGUUUAUGAAGAUUUUUUAAAGUACCAUGUCAGCUACACUCAGCAGUAGAAUUCUGAAAUUGGUAAGACAAAAAAUUGAUCUGCAAUGUCUCCUGAUUGAGAGGGCCUUCUGCCCUGAGAUUGCCUUGUCCGUGGUGUCUGCUAGUCUAGGCUCCUGGCCCAUGCAGGCGCCCAUGAGUAGGUUUCUGACUCCUCAUUCUGUUUCUAGACGUCCUUCACUAGGUCCCUCCUGUGGUGCCAUGGUUGUGUCAUCACUUUGCUAGCAGUAGGGGGAUUCCUGCUGAAGCCAGUGCUUUAGAUGAAGUCAGCUAGUCUCCCCUGGCCUCCACUGUGCCAGGGUGUGCGGGGAACGAGGGUCACAGGCACUAACACCAAGUAGUGUGGCGCCCACUCUUGGUGCACCAAACAGGGAUUUUUUUUGUUGUUUUUGUUUUU